AUGCAGGACGGACUUAAAAAGCUGAUGUCCUUGCUUGGCCCUGAGGGCAUGCAACACCUUACUGCGCAAAGCCCCGAGGCAAUCGGUGCGCGUUUAGAGGCGGUUUCAAAUUACGAAAACGCGCUGCUUGAGCAGCUGCAGCAGAAGAUGCCUGCAUCAUUCGCGUCUGUGACACCACCGUCAGUGACGCCACCAUCAGUGACGGAUGAUUUUCCUCGCUCUAAGCCGCUCAUGGUGAGCGUUCAGGUCCUUAUGGGGAAGGAUGGAGAGAUUAUCCUGCUCUGGAUGAGAGAGGUCGAGAUGGUCAUCGCAUCCGCCAUAAUCCAGACCGAGCAACAGCGCGUGGCGCUAGCCAUCUCAAAGCUCGGCGGUCGAGCGCGAGAAAGGGCACUGAUGUGCGGCACUUCGGUCGUAGCUGCGUUUCCCUCCUGGGCGAAGCUAAAAUUGCAGCUCUCACGAGUGUUCUCGCCGCCCAAUCAGGAAUAUCGCGUGCGAUCGCGUUUCCUUGCCGCCCGACAGGGCAACACGGAAUUAGUGGACUUUGUCCAAGAGAUGCGCACUCUCAUUGCCGGGAUAGCAGCAGGUCCCCUACCAAAGGCGGUCACAGUGACUGUCUUUAUGGGAGGUCUCCGCACUGGCGUGGUUAAAAUGGAAGUCUUCCGUGAGCCAAUAAUAUGA